UCCGAGCGAUCUCGGAGUGAUCUCGCCACGGUCUUACAUAUUACGUAUAUGUCUUACAUACGGCCAUUUUGUUAUCUCAAGCAUCAUAUUUUUCUGUUUUUCAUAAGAAUUUGAUAUUGAUACUGUACAUCAAAAUUAACAGUGGAUAUCCAAUAAAAAAAACACAACAUGAGCGAACAAAAAAAAAAGAAACUUCCAUUUGUGUUCAGGAGGAUUGUGUUAGAUGACGACGAGGCAGGUAUUGAAACAGAUGCCGGCGUGUUAUGCGAGGUUAUGAUAAAUGGUACAAAAAACAUCUCAUAUGUUCCCAAAAGUUUUCUGUCAAGCCUGGGUAUUGAACUGCCUAAGAACUUGCACGAUAAAGAAAAUUGCUCGUCCAAAACAGUUGAUACUUCCGGGGAUAACCUAGAACGUGACGUUAGUAUACAAGCAUCUGGCAGCACGACUGCUAUUCGGACUGUUUCGCAUGUAUUGCUGCCAACGUUCAAUAGCUCCAAUGCUACUGUGAAGUGGGAUGACCAUGAUACCAAAAUGAUGCUCGAUCUGUACGCCGAAAACUUGAACCACGUUGGACCAUUCAAAAAGUUCAAAACAAAAAAAAAGAUGUGGGAACACAUUGCGGUUGACAUUUCAACAACCUUCAGUAAAUAUGUAAAUGGUCAACAAUGCGAGUCACGAUUUAAAACUGUAAGGAAUCGUAAAGGUUUAGCUGUUACUCAUAACAAGCAGUCAGGCAACGACGCGAAGGUUGUGCCGUACCAGCAGGAAAUGGACAACAUCAGAAGUAUAGACGACAGUGUUCAGCCUGAAGUUCUUGUGUCUGUGGGUAACACCCGCGUAUUGAAACAAAAACGAAAAGAAGAUGCUGCAAGAGGUGGAACUAAAAAAAAAAAACAAGAUCCUCUGCUCGCUAUGUAUGUUGAAUUGCAAGAAAAAAAAGAAGAAAACAAAGAACGUCGGCAUCAAGAGAAAAUGAAAAUCUUCACGGAAUAUUGUCUGAAGAAGCAAAGUGAAUAAAACUGAUAUUUAUAGAAAAUUAACUGGUUGCACUGGCGUGCACCAAGUGCAGUUUCAUCCUUUUCUGCCAUAGACUUUUGAAAAAUAUGAUGAUAUACUCUGUGUGCACCAGUGCAACCAGUCGAAUUAGCUAUUAUAAUAUUACGUAUGAUCAUCACAUUAAUAUUAUAUUUUUUUGUUAUAUCCUUCAAAUUUAUUUGUUAUAUUAUUAGUUCAAACUUAAAAAAUGUGAUAUUUACUCCCAACCUGUUAAAAUAAGUCUCAUCCAAAGUAUCACAAACAAAUAUCACUGGAUACAUUAUCAAUUCGCACUUUAAAAAAUAUCCAAAAAAGGGCCAAGCUCAAAUUAAAUUGCAGGAAUUGCAGUGAUACUUGUUUGCGGUAUUUUGAUUUUGAACAUUAAGAGAUGUGGCCCCGACAAAUAUUCGAACCGAGCUUUGUUGCACGACAAACUUACUUCAGGUUAGAAUAAUCAAACCAGUGAGAUUAUUUAUCGGUAUCAUGUCACGUCAAUGUUGUGAUAAUGUAUCCUGUGAUAUUUGUUUGUGAUGUUUUCUUAUCAUUCGUUAUAAUGUUUGAUAAGGUUAAUUUUUUAGUCAAAAAAUAUAAGCAACGACAAGGUUUUAUAAAAUGUAUUUUUAUUUCUGUUAAUUAACUCCACAUCAUAAUUUUUCAACCAUCAAUUUUAAUAAUUUUUCAUCUUUAAUGAUCUAGACCUCAACAUUUUCGGUAGGUGAAUAUUUUAUGCAGCAUAUCAGACAUUACAGUAAUUAUUUUUUACAAAUCUUAUAAAUUGACAAAUGAUGUACGUUACAAAUCGCAGUGCUUCUAUAUUUACAUGAAUUGCCUGGACAGCAAAUUGCGUUUCAAUACACCUAAACGCCGAGCUUCAUCGUUUAUAAUAAACUCUGCUUCAGGCUCAGGUUCUGCCAUGUAAUGUUCAAUUCCAUCCAAGAAGUCGUUUCUUUCGAUACAUAAAUUAUGCAUCACGCAGCAUGAUAGUAUAAAUUUCGAUGUCUUUAAAACACCCCACAUAUCUGUUCUUAUUAGUUGCCUGAAUCUUUGCUUUAAAAGCCCGAAAGCAUUUUCGAUUAAAACUCUUGUUGAACAGAAUCGCCUGUUAUAUUCUCUUUGUUCAUCUGUUAAAUUUCCGUAAUCCCGGAUCGGUGUCAUCAGAUUUUCACAUAUCGGAUAAGCAGAAUCUC